AUCCGUCGCAAGCUGGGCCUCAAGUUGCCGCGCGAGGCCCGCAUGGCAUUCUUCGUCGCCGAGAUCGAGCCGUCGACAGAGGUCACGACGCGAGGCUGCCCUGGGCCUCGGGCUUGCCCGGCCGACGUGGCUGCGAGGCCCCCGUGGCCGCCGCGCGCGACCCCGCCCGAGUUGAGCGGCUCCCUUGAGCGCGCCCGCACCUCGCGGUGGGUGCGAUGGGCGCCCGUGCCGCGGCGCUCGCUGCCUGCCUCGUCCCGGCGGCCCUGGCUGGCGCUCACGGGCGACGAACAGCGCGCGCCGCCGCCAGAGGCCGCUGUGGGAGCCGGACGACCGGGUGUACUUCGGCGAGAGGGGCGCGAUGCCCGAGCCGCAGAGGUACUCGAACCUGAGCAGGGAGGACUUCGGCCGCCUCGGGAGCACGGGCGUCCCGUUCGUGGUCUCGGAUGGGUGCGCGGACUGCCCCAUGAAGGCGUGGAAUUUGGCCCAUCAUAUCCCGCAAGUUCAGCGGCGUCAAGUUUCGGCAGGAGUACGGGCGCGGCGAGAACAUCUAGGGGAACGAACAAUGACAUAAACAGACCAACUCGAGGUCCGCGCGGGUUUUUCGGAUCGGCGUUGGGGCCUCCUGGCGGCGCCUCCGGACCUCCGAGUUGUUAUGUGUGUGCCAUUCUUCGUUCCCCUAACAACAAUAACAAGUUCGGGGAAAGUGAUUGGGUCAGGAAGAAGACGAAGAUCAAGAGGAAUAGGCCUCUGCCCAAGGACGCGCCGCAGUACGCGCCGUUCUACUCCGACCUCGUCAAAGCCUGGAGGGACGAGCAGGAGCGCGGCUGGGGGAAGAAGCAGGACGUCAUGGCCAUGGAGAAGGCCGUGAAGGACGCCAGCGAGCCGUUUUAUUUCAUGGACUCCCGUAACGGUCCCGAGAUGAAGCAGAACCCGGAGUUCUGGCUCCAGCCCCAGAGACUGGGUCCAUGGCACACAUGGACGAGCACUGAUAUCGACGAUCGCCACCACGUUGUCGGGGGUGAAGAGGUGGAGGUUGAUGCCCAUCCCGGCAAAGCCGCACCCACACGGCUACUUCGACGGGUUGGUGUACGACCGUGGCGAGUGGGACCCCAUCUUCAAUUUCACCACGUACCCUGGUGA